GCGCGGCCGAGCGGCGGGUCCCGGUGACAGUUGAGGAUGGCCGGCGCCGAGGGGGCGGCGGGGCGGCCGUCGUCGGAGCUGGAGCCCGUCGUCUCGCUGGUCGAUGUGCUCGAGGAGGACGAGGAGCUGGAGAACGAGGCUUGCGCCGUCCUGGGCGGGAGCGACUCGGAGAAGUGCUCCUACUCGCAGGGCUCUGUCAAGAGGCAAGCCCUGUAUGCCUGUAGCACCUGUACCCCCGAAGGUGAAGAACCUGCAGGAAUUUGCCUGGCUUGCAGUUAUGAAUGCCACGGAAGUCACAAACUCUUUGAGCUCUACACAAAAAGGAAUUUUCGUUGUGAUUGUGGAAACAGCAAAUUUAAAAAUCUGGAAUGCAAAUUAUUUCCUGAGAAGGCGAAGAUAAAUUCUGGCAAUAAGUACAACGACAACUUCUUUGGACUGUACUGCACCUGCAAGAGGCCUUACCCCGACCCUGAGGAUGAGAUUCCAGACGAGAUGAUCCAGUGUGUGGUCUGCGAAGACUGGUUCCACGGCAGGCACCUGGGUGCGGCCCCGCCCGAGAGCGGGGACUUCCAGGAGAUGGUGUGCCAGGGCUGCAUGGAGCGCUGCUCCUUCCUGUGGGCCUACGCGCCACAGCUGGCAGUAAGCAGAGUUGCGGCAGAGGAUGAAGGGCUGGUGUCAGGUGACCAGGAAGUCACCACACCUGAAAACGGAGCUCACCAGGAUGAGAGCCGCAAAGAGGAAACUGCAGGUCAAGGGAAGGAGUCCGUGAAGGAAACGAAAGCCGAGCGGACUAAUGAACCAGGUGCCAGCUCCAGCUCAGAGUCUGGCCUCCAGGCAGCAUCGCAGAAGCAUCUCCACCCCGAGGCCCCGGCUCCGUCCGGCUGCAGACUUCGGGACCUUCAAGCCCAGCGGCCGGCGCAGAGGGACACGGCCACCUACUGGCCCCCAAACUGGCGGAGCAAGCUGUGUGCCUGCAAAGACUGCCUGAAGAUGUACAGUGGUCUGGACGUGCUGUUCCUGACGGAUGAGUACGACACGGUCCUGGCGUACGAAAACAAGGGCAAGGUUGACCAGGCCACCGAGCAGAGAGACCCGCUGAUGGACACCCUGAGCAGCAUGAACAGGGUCCAGCAAGUGGAGCUGAUCUGUGAGUACAAUGACUUGAAGACGGAACUUAAGGACUAUCUCAAGAGAUUCGCUGAUGAGGGCACGGUGGUGAAGAGGGAGGACAUCCAGCAGUUCUUUGAAGAGUUCCAGUCCAAGAAGAGAAGGCGGGUCGACGGGCUGCAGUAUUACUGCAGCUAGAGUGUGCCCGCGCCUCCUCCCUUGGCCGUGCAGGUGCCCCCGGCAGCUCUGCAAUGGAAGAGGCACUUGGCACGGCUGUCCUCCUUCGUGGGGGGCGGGGGGCUCCCUCCCGAGACUCUCUGCCCCCCACCCCACCCCUCCUUCCUGCCCCUCAGCCACAUCGCCCCCUGACCCCGCUAACUGUAACUCAUCCCAGACUCCAGCCCACCCCGGGGCAUUUGCAU